AUGUUCGGAACUCCGCAGCGCACCACCAUCAGUACUUCAUUCACUACCUUACACGACAAUUCGGAACUUGUGGAUGAGUGUGGUGUUUCUAUCAAAGAAGAAAUGGAAGAAGAAUUUAAAUCUAUUGAUAUAGCUAACUGUGGUGUUUCUAUAAAAGAAGAAAUGGAAGAAAAAUCUGAAUCUAUUCAUAUGGCUAACUGUGAUGUUUCCAUAAAAGAAGAAACAGAAGAAGAACUUGAAUCUAUUCGUAAGUUAUCCGUUUUAUAA